AUGAGGGAAGCAUUCCUCGCAGGACUCAGAAGAGACAUCAAGAACAUGAUGUUCCCUCUGACACCUACCUCUUUUGACGAAGCCGUCGGCGUUGCAGUGACAAUCGAAUCCAAAUUAAAAGAGACCGAAGAUUUCGAACAACUCAGAAAAUUGCACGCAAAAACAAAGCAGUUUCAAGGGCAAGCGAAAAUUAGAGCAACAGAAUCAAUCGAUGACGACGCCCUUGAAGCUGAUUUGAGGGCAUUGAACAUUAAAGCCACAAAUUCAGCCAAAGCCGACGGGCAGAGACGCGGUUUUCAGAGCGGUAAAGGCAACUCAGAUUAUAAAGGGGGGAAACAAAAUGAUAAGCGGGAGAAGAAACCCAACACCGCUGAUUACAGUUGCUACAAGUGCUCCAAACCCGGACACUUCGCGCGAGAAUGUAGAACCCCCUCACAUUUAAUAAAGAAACAAUUCCCCAGAAAAAUGGCUUCUGAGGAAACCAAGGGAGAGCGACAACAGGAGGAUCCAGCUGUUGCAAGUCCCUCUAACAAAAAUUUAAAUUAG